GUUCAUUUUAGCUCAACAACUCAAGCAGUACGCAUCAUCGAUCUUGUGCCUUGUGCGAGUGGGCACAGUGCUUUCAAGAAAACUCUAUUGCGGUUUAACUACAGUGAAUUUAACGUGCCUUUGAACGAUAACAGAAAAACAAGUGCCAAAACGAAACAUUGCGGUUAUAUCUAAUACGAAGUGCAACAAACGAAGAUCGUGAAAAGUUCAGUUCAAGUUUCAGAAUCUUGUCGGUGUAAUAUAAGCAAUCCUGUUGGAUAGUGUUUCUCAAGUGUCAAGAGUGGACGGAAAACCCAUCAGGAGUGCUACUGUCCUUGGCGGGGGGACUUGGUGCGUGAGAGCAGCAACAGCUGACCCGCUUGAUCGUACAAAGCGUGUACAGCGCUAGAAACGACGCUCUUUCUUUACUUCGGCACACCACACGUGUACACGCAUCGCUACAGCAGCUGAUUAUAAUUAAUGCAGCGAAAGACGAUCGGUAGAGGAUUGAAGCAAGCUUGCAUUAGUCACCCAAGGGUUUGAUUCUUCCAUUUAAUCUCAACGGCCGGACGCACAAGUGGGAACACCAACGAGAACCUUAAGGCACACUUACGAUCCGAGAAAUUGUGAACCUAGUGUGCGGAAGGAAGUGAUUCGGUUUCGAAAGGAAUCACUUAAACGAAACGAACGUUUAUUUAUUUGCAUACGGUUUGCGACGUUGUUGGAGUGUGAAUUACUCCCCCAUCUUGCCGUGGUACGAUCUCGGACGGCCGUUGAUUGUGUGCUUGAUUGAAUAAAAUUUGCCUCGAGUCUCCAGUGCCGCGGUGGUAAUUUGUCUGAUCGUCUCUGAUCACAUGUACGACACACCCCGCAGACGUUCCGUCCAAAUCGCCAAUCAACGAGGUCAAACGAACGCGAAAUUCAAUUGAUCAACCAUCUGACAGAGAACGUGAUACGGUGAGACGUGGUGUAGGCAACUGGCCGGGACAGUGCAAAAUUGUUGUAACACAUCUUCAGUUACAAAAUCCCGACCCGAUACUUGGCGACAAUCGCGUUGGAACGCGUUCUGCCUAGCGCGAAAAUAGAACACCCAGCAUCGCAAGCCAAGUUGAACGAUGGCCACGAAUACACUCGCGCUGGUGUUCGCGAUCAUCGCGUCGUUAUGUUUGGUCGAGGCAGCAAAAAUACUGGCAAUCUUCCCGGUACCGUUGAAACAACACCAACUAGUCUACCGGCCGCUGAUCGAAGAGCUUGCCGACCGUGGCCACGAGAUAGUGCUAGUAACAACGGAUCCAAUCGAGACGACCAACGGAUCGCUUGAUCGUGUGCAGCAGAUUGAUCUUAGCUUCGCCUAUCAGCUACCCGUAUUGGAGCAGCUGGGCAGGGUUGGAUUGGAUGGGCGUGACAUGCUGCGAAACAUCUUCGACGUUAUGCGUACGAUCUCGGCCGAAGAACUGCAGCAUCCCGCUAUGAAGGAGCUUAUCAACUCGGCCAGACUAUCGGCGGAUGCUAGCCGCUUUGACGUCGUCAUGGUGGAGUGGUGUGGUGUCACACUGAUGAACGCGUUUGCGGAACACUUCCGUGCACCGCUGGUGGGCAUCGCCAACGGGGGAGCGUUCAUCAAUGCGCACGAAGCGCUGGGCAACCCUAACCAUCCGAUCGGCUAUCCGAGCAUCUUCAUGCCGUUUAGCGAAGAUCUGAGCCUGCUGCAGCGCAUCUCGAGCGUGCUGUUCACCGUCUGGUACAGGUUUUACUACUACACCGAAGAGAUUCCAGCCCAGAACCUGAUCGCGCAGAGCAACUUUGGCGAACACAUUUCCGACCUGCGUCAUAUAGAGCAAAACGCAGAUUUGCUGCUAAUCAACGCGUAUCAGCAGCUGGGAAACGUACGUCCCGUUGGACCGACUACGGUAUACCUCGGAGGCAUCCACCAAAGUCGCUCUACCGCCUCUAUCGGCACAGCACUACCGGAAGAUCUUGGCCUUUUCCUGUCCCAAUCGGACGAACCGGUUGUGUACGUCAAUCUGGGCUCUUCGCUCGGUGGAAUCGCUGGACGGGUUCGGAUCGAAAAAAUUGCCAGAGCACUGGAGCAGCUAGAUUUGGCCAGCGUUUGGGUGCUGGACGACGUCAUGGAUCUGAUCAACAGCACGGGGCGCAUCUAUCAAUCACACAACGUACCUCAGGAGGCCGUUUUAGGACAUCCAAAAGUGCGAGCGUUCGUCACAGAUGGUGGCCAAAUUAAUGUAGAGGAUGCGAUUCAACAUAAAGUCCCCGUCGUUGGCAUUAGCUACUCUACCUCCUACGACCACUAUCUGCGCCAAAUAGUCAAGUAUGAGGCGGGCAUCAUCUCACUCAUCGAUUUCGAGACACAAACGUUCGUCGAUAAGCUGCGUGAUGUCCUAACGAACGAAAGAUAUCAAGAAAACGUGAACAAACUGCAACGCUUGCUCAACGACCAGCCCCAAACAUCGAUGGAGCGUGCCGUUUGGUGGAUCGAGUAUGUGGCACGUAACGGUGGAACGAAACCGCUGCACGUGCGCCAUCUAUCGUGGUUCGAGUACCUUCUGCUCGACGUACUGCUCGUGGUUGGCGUCUUGGCUACGCUCGUGUGCUCGCUGAUAGCGUACGGAAUUUAUCGAGCAGUUCGCUACUCGAAAAGCUUACCGAUGGAAAUGGUGACGCGUGGUAGUCGCAAGUGCAAAUUAAUGUAGGAAAACUGUCCCGCAGAGGUUAGGUAUUUACAAAAUAGCAAUAAUGUUUUGCUAUGCAAAAUCUAUAAAAAGGAAGAGAUGGUUUUGUUAAGGAUAACGCCCGUUAUGGGGAAUUAUAGUUGAUAAUGUUUACCGCUUUUUCUUAGUUUAUAUCGUAUGGUAAUUUUGCAUGCUCAGAGCAACAAGAAAAAAAAACAUUAGUUUGUAGAUUUGUUACAUCUCUUAGACAUUGAUAAGAACCGAAUGCCUCACACAAAACAUACUGAAAGUCUGAAACGGUUUUAGGGGUUUGCCUGAACGAAUUGUUAAUGCCUGUGAGGGAAUUUAAAUACGGAUGAUACCUGUCGCGAAUCUUCACUAGUGGAAUCAAACUGUUGCGAAUGUUAAAACAGUUCUAGUGCAUAAGUGCAUUGUGAUAUUACCUGUGUAAGAUGUAUUGUGUACCAGCAUAGGUGGUAUAAUAAAAACAGUACUACUGAAAUAAAACUCAAUUGAAAUUA